GUUGCAUUAAAUUCAAGACUAAAAUAACGACAUUCAUCAAGGGAAUCUUUACAAAAUUCCAGGCCUUCAAAGGCCACAUUUUUUUUAAAAGAGCACUGAAAUCCGAUAAAACUGUAAAGACUCGUAAUUAUGUUACUUAUGAAGUCUUGUUGGUAAGCAGAUUCUCAAUUGUAGGACAAAUGUUCUUAGAUACUAGAACCUAAUGGACCCAAAAUCAUUCAGCCAAUAUUCUUACUGGCUCUAUUUUGGCGCCGACGAUAACUUUUAACAUCUACUCAAUAUUAUGGCCAACCGAAGUGUCAUUGAUAUUUUAGCAUCUGCUACGUCUCUGUUAUUGUCAGCAUAUAUAUAUUUUUGUGGCGUUAUUUAAGUCCAACAAGAAGGUUUGAGAACAGCCGACAUUUAACUUCUGUAGAAAAAACAACCCUGUUGACUCUGCGGGGGUACAUCAUUUUUACAUCAUACGUUAUGUCGUGUUGGCUGCAGUACCUUAGAAUGUUUUUUUGUUUAGUAUAAACGUGACAUAAAAAUGGUAGCUAUUAAAAUGUGAUCCAAAGUUCUGAUGUGCGAGAGACUUCUUUACCCGCGUAGGAUAAAAAUCAAACUCAAAUUGACAAAGGAUUUGUUGUUACCGAAACAUUAUGUAUUCUCCCUAGGCAUUUGUUAAACCCUUUUCGGCUUGAAAACCUGUUGAUAAACUCAGAAAUGUGAAUUUAUAUAUCAAAUAUCCUGAUAGGACAGAUUUUAUUUAGCCAUCUCAAAUAACUAUUAAAUGGCUUUAGCUAUGUUAAUAAAAAUAACUUUACCGGUGAAGAUAAAAAUUUGCUGACGUCAGCAAACUUGCUAUGUCGUUCACUUUUCCGAUAACAUGUUUCACGGCAGACCAUUAUAAAUGGGUUACCUUUUGUCACAAUACAGAAGAUGAAUUAGGAUUUUUUUUCUUGGACCACAAGCAAGACGGUUACCAUGAUAACUCUUAAAUAAAAUGGGAUUUCAAUUUUUUUAUCCAAAUAUGCCAAAUAAAAACAUUAAAAGUGGCAAAUUUUUUUAGAAGCUGUAAUUAAAAUGUAAUCUGAUAAAGGAAUCCCCCCUAAGUUAUAAAUAUGUAGGUUUACUUUGUUGUUGUAGAAUAGGUUUUGUAUUAUAUGAACUGUUAUCAACGAAGGUAUGGUAAACCCUAAAUAUACCACGCUUUUCAAGACCUAUAAAUUUAACAGAAUCGUGGAGAUGAUUCUGCUCCCUUCAAUUGGCUUUUGAAUAAAAACAAAAUUAGCACAAUUAUCAAUCUCGACCCCAGGACUUCCUUUUCGCUUUCUAAUAUACGGCUACUUUCUUCGAGUCAAAUCAAAAAGCGAAAAAGCAGUUUUCGGGACGAGAUUGACACUUUUAUAGUAUUUCACAACAAAAUAGCGACAAUAAAUGUUUGCCGAUGUCAGCAAUUUUUUGUGACGUCAUAAGAGGCUUAAAUUUCUUUCAGGAUUCACUUCAGUUAUAAAGCGUUUUAAUCUGAAUAGCCUCUAUAAUAAUAGCCGUAUUCUGUCUCUUUGUACACGAUAAAAACAGUCGUGUUUCGGGAACACGAAAUACGAUAUAUAAAAGAUUAAUAGCACUAAGAAAGCAAACAAAAACAUUGCCAUGAUCUAUCAGAGUAUUUAAACAGUACCACGAUGUCUAAACUAUAUGAUGUUAAAAGAAAGUUAACUAAAGGUGCUAAUUUGAGGGAAGAUGCAGCGUUGAUGAUGGAGCCGUACAAUAACUGGGAGGAAAAAAUUAUGCCGGCUCCAUAUACGAUUGCUCUUUUGGGACAACUCGUAAUUAUAUCUGGUACUGUUGAUUUUAAACUCAAGGAGCCUCAGGCUGGAUUUAAACAUGUACAAUGGCCAGAUUCAUUCAGAGCAACCUUGGCACAAGUCACUGGUGAAGGUUAUAAGGCUUUUAACAUAGCUCAUCAAAGCAUGGAUGAAAUUCGCUUAGCUACAAAGGAGGUACCAGCACAUCUUAAAAGUGCGGUAACUAUAUUGACUGGUGGGAGUGACUACGAAGUGGAGAAUGUUCUUCCAAUCACAUUGCACAACAUCGAAGAUAUUGCAAGCACGUGCAAAGAACGCUCAGAAGAAGUAGCACAAAAGUUUAAAUCAGUCAUGGAACUUGUUUUGGAGUUGCAACAAUCCUGUGUGGCGACUCAUUCUGCUUCAGAAACUCAGCUGAGAGAGAUUGAGACGCAAAUUAAAAUUCAGAAGAUAAAAGAAGGUAACUUAAAAGAGCAAAAGGAUAGAUAUCAACACCAAUAUGAACGCGUGAGUAAAGAGUUAACAAGAAGUGUUGAUCGAUGGGACAAGGCUAUAGAUGACAUACCAGGAGCAGGAGGACUUAUUGGUAUGCAAAUGAUAGAAGAUGCUGGUAACACAAUAAUAACCCUAUCAGCAAUCCUCGGUUUUGGUAAAUGCCUAAGUGCAAUAAAUCUGUCGUCUUUUGUAGUUCCCUUAUUGGGAAAUGCACUGGGUUCUGCUAGUCCGUUAAGUGCAGGAGUAAACAUGUUAAGUUAUGAAGAAAUACCACUGCAGUUAAUUGGAAAAGGCGUCACAAAUGUUGUUGAAACAUUGAGUGAAUUUUUUGGCUCAAAUGGAAAUAUCAUUCCAACUGGCGAAAAACUGAAAGAUUCGACUCUCGAAUUUCAAAAGUAUUUCUUUGAGAAGCAAAAAGAAAAAGUAAAAACUGAAACCGGAAGUGAAGAAUCAAAAAGCAGUAUCCUUGAGAUGUGUAGUAAAGGUUUAAAUCUUUGUCAAGAGAUCAAACAGACGGAUGGACGCUCUCUUGAUGCCAGUAAUGUGUACGAACACUACGUUGAAGUUACUGAGGAAGCCAUGAUGAAACAUGCAACAUGUUCCGAAGCUCUCCAAACAAACCUCCUAGCACAAAGCACUCCUCAUGUGGAGGAGAUGACUGAUGACACUCCAACAUCUCUCUCACAGGAAAGAAUUAAGAAUGCACACUUCAAAGUUGAAACGGCUGCAGAACGUCUCAAGCAGGCUGAAAGACAAUUUGAAAAAGCGUCAGAAGACAUGAGGAAGAACAAUGAGGCUCUCACCAAAGCGCUUACUGAAAUGGCUGCAUUUGAAGCGGAAAAAGCAACACAUGCAGAUAUCAUUGACAUGUUGCAAAAGGGUAUCAAAAAGCUUGGUUUACUCCAAGAACAAUGGGCUCAAUUAUCUCUGUUCUUCGAGCAUAUUGCUACUUUAAUCAAAACUAGUUUGGGAACUCAACUCAACUCCUUUAUUCACUAUUCUGGAAAUGCUGGCCAGCAACAGUUAAAGACAGGUGUUAAAAUAAGCAAUGUCAUGAGAGAUAACAUUUAUCAAACCGUGUUCGAAGCAGUGAAGUAUUCCUCGUUGGUUAAUCAUUUGGCAACUGGGUAUUUCCAGGUAUCUGAUAAAUAUCUUAUGGGUUCUAUCAGCAAGUUGGGAAAGUUGUUAGCUUUAGAAGACGAAAGAGAAAAAAAGAGAGAGCAAAUAGCAUUGACACAAGAUUGUGAAGAAACACAGAAAGCUAUUAAGAAACUGAUUUCUGAUCAUAACAAAGAAUUCAAACGUAAAAUCAACAAUCGUAUGAAUGCUAUUAAGAACGAAUUCAAACAGGCCUUGCCUCCACUUGACGAAAAUGAAUUACAAAAAGUUAAAAGUUUAGCUCGUAAGGCUAUCACAGAAGCACCGACUCGUGCAACUGCUACCGAGCAGGAUUCCUAUCAAUACAUAUAAUUUCUUCAGACGUUUUCAAUUUUAUUACGUAAUUUAACUCGCCAGAAUAAUUUUUUUAAUUCUUGGAAUUUAUAACAUAUAUUAAUGUGUCGUGCAUGCUUAUGAGGUGUAAAACACUUGUAAUAUGCGUUGGGGAGGUUGGAAAUAUCAUAGAUUUUUGUAGUAGAGGGAAAUAAAAAAAUUUUAAAUAACAAAACCAAUGAAAACGGCAUAACGAAUGUUUAAAUAAAAUAUUUUAUUCCUAAUUAUGUAAUUUAGUAAUCACUACAACACAGGAUCAUCAGAGGCGUGGCCACAAUUUUUGCAUAUGGCGGACGGUAUGCAAGAUUGCAAAUUUAGGACCUUUUAUCGUACUAAGUGACAGAAAACCCUGAACUCGUUGGUGCUUACUGAACAUUGUAUUUAUUUAAUAUUUUAACUGGAUUUCUAAUGAAUAAUAAACUACGCGCAAGUAAAUAUUAGAAAGAAUUUGAUAAUGUUGAUUUCGAUGUAAAACUCGAGCGAAUUAAAACAAACUUUUUUAUGAAAACCUAGUUUAUAAGAAUGUUGAGGUUAAGAUUUUGCGAGAUAUUUAGAAUAUGUUGGAAACCUAAUCAGCCUAAAUUUUUCCGUUUGGGGUGUAGAAUGACUUAUUACAAACAGUUUUUCUGUGUGUUUUUAACUAGAAUACUACGCGUAUGUUUUUACAUCUAUGUUUAUAUGACACGAUCAUUUGUUUUAUUUCUAUAAAUACAUAUCUUUCUCU